AUGGCAGCAACCGGCGAACCUCCAAAAGCAACCAUACCACGCCAAAUCGCCAUUAUUGGCGCUGGCGUGGUCGGGACUGCCUUAGCAACACAGCUUAUACAUGCUGGCAACUCUGUCAGCAUUAGCAAUUCAAGAGGUCCUGAUAGUCUUCGUAACGUGGAGAGAACAACGGGUGCCAAAGCAAUGGACACCAAGCGCGCAGUAUCUGAAGCGGAUGUCGUUAUUCUUGCUGUACCGAUGAGUGGUAUUCCACCCUUACAGCCGCUUUUACGAACAUCUUUGCGGCCCGGCACAAUCUUGAUUGAUGCCUGCAAUUAUUAUCCCACGCGCGAUGGAAACAUCCGGCCGUUAGACGAAGGCAUGGCAGAGAGUGUUUGGAUAUCGAAAACCUUCUCAUUCCCAGUUGUCAAGGCAUUGAAUAAUAUCGUUGCUCUCAACAUUGCUUCCAGCGCGAAACCAAAGGGUUCUUCCAAGAGAGUAGCACUUCCCGUCUCAGGAGAUGACAACAAGUCUGUGGCAGUUGUGAUGGAAUUGGUAGAAGCGAUGGGAUUCGACGCAUUCAACGCAGGCCAGCUAGCAGAUUCGUGGCGACAGCAACCUUGA